AUGCUGUCUAAUAAACUUGAGGAAUCCGCGGUAUUCAAGUCGCUGCUUUCCUCGUCUAGCGCCGCGAAAAAUGCGGAUUUGGCCGCGCUUCUGCGCGACCGUUCGCGCUGUGACCGUCUAAUCAAGAGCUACAAAGGGGUAACUUUGGACCUCUCCAGGCAGCUGAUAGAUUCCGCGACGUUAGACGCCCUGCUAUCUCUCUGCCAUGAGAUGAAUGUGCCCAAGAAGAUCGAAAUGCUGUUCAGUGGAGGAAUUUUGAAUGGCACUGAGGGUCGUUCCGUGUUGCACAGCGCACUGCGUGCUGCUCGUGGCACGUCCUUAACUGUGGACGGCAGCGACGUGGUCGCCGACGUUUACAGCGUGCUGGACAGCAUCAAGGAGUUUUCCAACCGUGUCCGCAAAGGUUCUAUUGUCGCCUCGGACGGGAAGCCGUUCGACUCCCUGCUUUGCAUUGGCAUUGGCGGUUCCUACCUCGGUAUCGCAUUCGCUGCGCAGGCGUUCAUGGCCUCGUCGUCGGCACGUCGUGAAUGCGAGGGACGCAAAAUUCGCUUCCUGGCCAAUGUGGACCCGGCUGGUUUUCGUAUCGCGACUGAGGGCCUCGACGCCAACAGGACGAUGGUAAUCGUAAUUUCGAAGACGUUCACUACUGCCGAGACCAUGAAGAAUGCAGUGGUAGCUCGCGACUGGCUCCAGUCUAACAUCGCCGACCCGUCCAAAUUUGGCGACCACCUCUGCGCCAUCAGCACCAACCUCAAGUUGACCAAGGACUUCGGCAUUGACGAUUCGCACGUCUUCGGCUUCUGGGACUGGGUGGGUGGCCGAUUCAGCGUAUCUUCCGCUGUCGGCAUGCUCCCACUCGCCAUCCACUUCGGUUUCGACAUCGCUGAGCAAUUCUUGUCUGGCGCUCGCAUGAUGGACGAGCACUUCCGCCAGACGCCCCUCGACGACAACAUGCCCGUGCUUCUCGCCCUGGCCAGCUUCUACAACUCCACGGUGCUCGGCCUGGACUGCGUCGCCCUUCUGCCGUACAGCGAGGACCUGUGCCUGUUUCCGCGCUACAUCCAGCAACUCUGCAUGGAAAGCAACGGCAAAUCGGUGCGCAUGAACGGUGACAAGUUGAGCUAUGGUACUGGCGAGAUCUAUUUCGGUGAGAGCGGCACCAACGGCCAGCACAGCUUCUACCAGCUGCUGCACCAGGGCCGCGUGGUCCCCUCGGAGUUCAUCGGUUUCAUCCGAAGCGACAACCGCGACGUGGCUGAGAACGGCGUGACGUUCCACGAGGAGCUGAUGGCCAACUUCUUCGCGCAGCCCGACGCGCUUGCGUACGGCAGGACCCCAGCGCAACUGCAGGCUGCGGGAUGCAGUGCCCACCUGGUGGCGCACAAGGCCUGCAGCGGCAACCGCCCCUCUGCGGUGAUGCUGUUCGAGGAAGCCACUCCCUACACCGUCGGCGCCCUGGUCGCGCUCUACGAGCACCGCGUGGCCGUGCAGGGCUUCCUUUGGGGCAUCAACUCGUUCGACCAGAUGGGCGUCGAGCUUGGCAAGGUGCUCGCCAGCGACAUCCGCGGCUACUUCAAGGCCAGGCACUCCGACUGGGCCUCGGUGGAGAAGGAAGGGCAGAUUUCGUACUCCACGACGAAACUGCUUUCGCUCUUCGCGGGUUCCGCCUAA